AUGCCCGAGGAAACCAGCUCCCGGCCGACGACCCGCCAGGCCCGCAGGACCGCGCGGUUGAGACUCGCUUGCUCUCGGUGCCAGCGGCGGAAGAUCCGUUGCGAUGGGCAAUUGCCCGCAUGUAACAAUUGCAAGAAGGCUGGAGUUGCUUGUACCGACGGCGAAAGUGUCCGCCUUCGGGAUCUUCCUAGAGCCCAAAUUUCGAACUUGAUCGAGAGAGUUAAGUGGCUCGAGAGCAUUGUAAGGGAAAGAUGUCCGGACGUCGACCUGAGCCAAGGUCCGUCUGGAGAGUUUGACAUAGAGCUCGAUGGUGACGAAACCUUUGCAAGGGAUUCCACGAUCAGAGUCAACAGUGCAUCACCUGAGGAUAGUCUCAACCUCAUAGGCAGUCAUCCUCCACAAGCACAGCCAAUACAACCUUCGGAGCCAGCACAAGCCACUCAGACCAUCCGUUCAGGGCCCCGUUUGGUCGACCCCAUCACUAGCAGUACGCUAUCACACGAGAUCGGCAUGGUGUCGUUGGGUAGUAGCCAAGACCCGAAGUAUAUCGGGCCGUCGAGCGGAUACUUCCUCGCCCGACUGAUGUUGACUUCGAGUCGACAGGAUGACCAAUCUUGGCCAGCCAGAGCCGGAGCAUCGAACCCGUCCAUACCAACCGCUCUGGUUGAGGCAAUGCAUGGCCCGAUGUCACUGCCAAGCAGACAUCACGCUAGACAGCUAGCAGAUAACUACUUUGACGUUAUCAACUGCCAGUUUCCAGUUUUGCACCAACCAAGCUUCAUGGCUUUGAUGGAUCAAAUGUACGAGAGCGGGAUUGACAUGGAGUCUACUCCCACAGGGGCCUUCCAAGUAUUCAUGGUCCUCGCUCUGGGGUCUACGGUUCUCUCUCGUCGAGUGAGAGCACGUCUUCCCGGAGAGUCAUAUUGCCUAUCUGCGAUGCAAUAUUUCGAUCGGAUCAGCAUUGACAGCUCGAUUCCGGGACUACAAUGUCUUCUAUUGCUCACGAUAUUUACGAUGCACAGCUCCAACAUGCGUCUCAAUGUUUGGUAUUUGAACUAUCAGUGCAUCGCUGCUGUCCUUGACUUGGGCCUACAGCGCGACAUCAACACCAACGCAGGUAUCUCCCUUCUCGAACAAGAGAUGAGGACUAGAAUAUUUUGGGUAGUUUUUACGCUGGAUAGAAUGAUCGCAACCAUGAUGGGACGCCCCAUUGGACUGCGAGACGAGGCAUGUGAUCUUCGGCUUCCCCAGCAUCUAGAAGAUGCUUCCCUGCAGGGAUCACUCCAGCCACCUGCCCAUCAACCCCCGGGUCAUAUGGCCUUCUCGAUACAUCUAUUCCGCCUAGCAAAGCUCAACUCAGAGUUCAAAUACGUUGCGAAUAGCAUUGUUCGCGACACACCACGUUACGCCUACCCAGCAGUUAUCGACAUCAAUGAGUGGCAGCAAGGAAUGUUGGAACAGCUAGACGAGUGGUACAGCCAAAUUCCCAACACACCCGACUCGGACUACAUUCGCACCAUCUGCCAGAUCAGAUGCUACGGCCUGCGGAUGCUCGUUCUGCGGCCUAGCCCCGCCAUCCCGAAUCCAUCACCCGAGAUCCUCAAGAAAUGCUUCGGAGCCGCUCUUGAGGUCAUCCGUCUCUUCGAUCACCUGUACAAGAAGAAUUUGCUCAUACAUACGUGGAACACCUGUCACUCAGCAGUCCUCAGCAUCAUAACUAUGCUCUACUGCCUGAAGAUGGUGCCCGAAAUAGCAAAGCAGACGGCUUUGGAUGCCCUCAUGUCUGACUUCAGCGCCGGGUUAGGAGUUCUGGCCGCAACGGGCGAGCACUGGUCUGGCGCAAAACGUUGCCGCGAUAUCCUGGACGACAUGAUUCGGGCGACCAUCCGAUGGGUCAAGGAUAUUUCAAGCCAAACCUUCGAUGUAGAACCCCCUACUCAACGCCGAUCUUUGCGAUUAGAUCCGGCGCAUUCGCAUACAAUAAGCCCGUACAACGAGAGUGCCAGCCUUGGUGGGGUGGAACCCCCAAGACUAAACUUCUCGGAAGGCCUUACCCAACCACUGUCGAUGAGUUCUGCUACUGGAAGUAGCUCGGAAAGUUUCCUCCAUCAAGACCCGUUCGAAUCCUUUCUCGCCAACACUGCAUUCGGCGAUCCGAUGCACACAGGUGACAACACAAAUCUGGACAGCAUCAUGCGAGGCCUGUUUGAUGACUUUAUACCAACUUACCCAAGCAUUGCCUGA